AUGGCUAUGAGAAUUUCCUGAGAAGUGGCCCUGGAGGUGGAGGUGGGGAUUGGAACCAGCCAGGAGGCUGCUGCAACUGCCGAGACCCUUGCCUUCCACCGUGGUCCUGGCUGAGUCUCCCGGUGGUGGGGAGAAGCUGAAGUUUUGGGGAGCUUCUGGAACUGCACACCGUGAUGGAGACCCCCCUGGAGAAGGCCCUGACCACUAUGGUCACCACUUUCCAUAAAUAUUCUGGGAGAGAGGGCAGUAAACUGACUCUGAGCAAGAAGGAGCUAAAGGAACUGAUCAAGAAGGAGCUGUGUCUUGGUGAGAAGAUGAGGGAGAGCAGCAUUGACGACCUGAUGAAGAGCCUGGACAAGAACAGCGACCAGGAGAUUGACUUCAGGGAGUACUCGGGGUUCCUGACCACGCUGUGCAUGGCCUACAACGGCUUCUUUCUGGAGGAGAACCAAUGACCGGGGCCUGGUCCCUGGCCCCUGCAGCUCUGUUCACAAACCCUGCAUGGCCCCUCACCUUCCCCUCCCUCCCAGACAGACCCUGCUUCAGCCUUCCCCUCCGGCAGAGGAAUAAAGGUUUUCCAUUCCAGGUG